CAUGAUAUAUAUAAGAUUGUACGAACAUAACGAAGCAAAGUUCCUACGCGCCAUAAUAUUGAACAAUGUUUACCAAAGCACUGUCUGUCGUCUGUGUUCACCUGUUGCUGUUGUUUUGUGAUGUGGAGUCAUACUGUUGGGGUACAUAUCCGCAACCUGACGAUGGCCGUACUUCCUGCGAGUACAAUGGCUGGACAUUUGAAUCAGGAACCUCGUUUAAAGCUCCGGCUCCAGUCUGUGAAGAGUGUACAUGUACGGACGGUGAAUUAAGUUGCUGUGGAUAUGGUAAGAAAGAUGAUUUCACAGUAUUCAUUAUACCCGGAUGUGUACAAGUGGAUGAUGACAGCACGUGCGGCCGGCAAUUUGUUGACAGUACAGACAAAACUCAGCUCUGUACAACAUGGGAAAGGAAACGAAGUCUGAAAAACGAAUGAUUCAGUUUGAAAAGA